UUUAUAUUGUUUCUAGCUGUUUACCUUGUAACUAUGGCGGGAAAUAUCCUCAUUGUUAUUCUAGUAGCCUUUGAUCCCCUUCUUCACACCCCCAUGUACUUCUUCCUGGGGAACCUGUCUUGUUUGGAGUCCUGCUACAGCUCGGCUAUCCUGCCAAGAAUGCUGGUUAGUUUUCUGAGUGGGGACAGAACCAUAUCUGUUAGUGCAUGCCUUGCACAAUUGUAUUUAUUUGGGGUUCUCGCAGGCACAGAAUGUUACUUUCUAGCAGUAAUGUCUUACGAUCGUUAUUUAGCAAUAUGCAAACCGCUGCAUUAUGCUAUGCUCAUGAAUGGUAGAAUUUGCAUCCUGUUGAUUGUUGUAUCCUGGAUAUGUGGAUCUAUGGGUAUUAGUGUCCUAAUAUCCCUGGUGUCUCAGUUGAAUUUUUGUGGACCCAACAAAAUCAACCAUUUUUUCUGUGAUUUCACCCCUUUGGUAAUGCUCUCCUGCAAUGAUACUGCUUUGGCUGAAAUUAUAGCAUUUACAGUCUCUUUUAUAUGCACUCUUCCUCCACUUUUGAUAACCCUCACCUCUUAUAUUUGCAUCAUCAGUAGCAUUUUAAGAAUCCCAUCCACUACAGGCAAACGGAAAGCUUUCUCCACUUGUUCCUCACACCUCACUGUGGUUUCUUGCUUCUAUGGCUCUUUGAUGAUUGUCUACGUGUUACCAGGUAUUGCCUCACUGAGUGAGGUCAAGAAAUUGUUCUCUGUGUUCUACACACUUCUCACCCCUCUGCUGAAUCCACUCAUAUACAGCCUGAGAAAUAAAGAGGUAAAGGAAGCAGUGAGGAAAGGUUUCAGGAAACUUCACAGACUUAAAAUGCAGAAGAGAAGGAACAAAUGA